AUGAAAGGCGUGGCCGUAGUAAACCUGCCAUUGAGGGACAUGCGCUGCCCUCCCAUUCAGCUCUGCUACCUCCUCUUUUCACCUAAUCGUAAACAAACUAAACCGGAUUGUAUGAAAUGCGUCGUAGAGCAGGAAGUCGAACGACAAGGCUCUCCUAUUAGGCGGAGAACCGCAGUCAACUCGUUCGGUCUUCGUCGUACUUUUUCGCGCGAAACAGUUCUUUUAAGAUUGUCGCAACUUGGUAGUCUGAAAAAUUCAUUCAUCAUGCUCUUAUAA